CUGGUACAGCGCCGCUUUCUUCGUCUUCGAGCACGGAGUGUUCUUCGCGCUGACCUUGAUCGGUGUUCCCCUGCUGUGCUACGUGGUGGCCGUAGUCAUGGUGGCACACUACGACUUGUUCGGGCACGACUUCUUCCAGAUUGUGUACGACACGAACGGCAAACAUGCCUACUUCGUCACCACCGUGGCCUUCUAUUGGACGGUGCUUCGCGGCUUCAGCUUCUGCAUGGACACCCUUCGGCGGCCUGCAGAUGAAACCACGGCCAAGGGAUGGCGGAACUGCUUGGCCCACUAUUGCAAGACGCUGGCGUACUCAGUGUACUUGCCUCCAGCUCUUCCUUGGGCCCGUGCAGAACUACAGUGACUUCGCUGAUUCGAUGGAGAAACCGAAGCCAUCGCUUACAUUUCGUGAGGUCGCGAUGAUCAUCGCCGGCCUUCUGCGUUCUGGUGCUCACUUUCUGCUGAUGGACCUCAUGUGCCAUUACUUUUACAGCGCCGCUUUAAGUCAGGCGCCUAAACUGGUACCGGAGCUGGACAACACAAGUCUGCUGGGAUUCGGCGCCGUCCUGGUCAUCAUGUUCUACUCCAAGUAUCUCAUACACUACGGCGUGUCUGGCGGCUGUGCUAGAAUCGAAGGCCAUAACCUUCCAGCGCCUCCGAAAUGCAUCGCUAGGGGGCACCAGUGUUCGCACUUUUGGAGGUAUUUUGACCAUGGCCUCCACCUGUGGAUCAAAAAGUACAUCUAUCUGCCCAUAGUGGGCACCGAAAGGAAGGUGCACUGGCGGCUCCUGGGCAUCGCCGUGGCCUUCACGUUCAUCUGGAUCUGGCACUCAAUGACCAUCGGGGUCACUUUCUGGGCUACGCUCAGCGCUAUUGGCGUAGCGCUCGAAGUGGCGAUGGCUCAAACCAAGAAGCUGGACUGCGCCAAAAGCUUCGAGGCCAAAUACCUGAACCCCGAGCGAACAAGAAUCCUCAAGGCCAUCCUCGGGUCACCCCUCAGCCUGCUUACCAUGACUGCCUGCCUGUUUUAUUUGAUAGACCUGGACACCACCACACUGUUCCUCAGAAGGGUCCUUCUCGGAUUUCCGGUACCCCUGGUUCCGGUGCUGGUCGCCCUUUACUUCGGAGCCUACGCGUCACAGGACGUCAUGGAGUGGGAGACAGCGUCGGCUCGUGCAAAAGUCGCAGAGUCGCAAAGCCCAGAGUCGCUUGAGGUGCACAAAUAACCGCGUGGGGCCACUUCCGCAGCGAGGCAGGUGACCAUGCACGCAGCGGACUAGAACGUCAAUUUUACGCACGUGUUUGGACAUUAUUUAAGAAGCUUACGUGUGUUGUGAAAUGACUAACGAAGCAAGAACCUCUAGAUGAAUCGUCUGUGACCCAAUUUCUUUCUUUCUUUUUCUUUGCAUCUCUACCACCAGCUUGCCUGACUACAAGAGACACGCAAGUGACGGAAACAUUCAGCGCAUUUCGCCGUUUGGUUAAAGACAGAAAUCUGCGCUUCUGCAUAGCUGGGGAACAAAAUAAUUUAAAUAAACCAUUCGGAAGCUGGAUCGCUUAAAUUUUUUCCCCUCUAUCAUGCGCCCACUUAAUGAGAAAGAAUAAAGUGCACCAUUGUUCAGUCAACCACCAGGCAAAGAAAAAUUCUUGUUCGAAAGUCCAUGUUUACGAAGGUAACCCAAUGUCAAAGCGGCAACCUACUGAAGCCCAGCGCGAAGCUGAAGCUUUGUCACACCCGGUGUCCAAAUCAGACUUGGCACUUAGGAGUUGUGAAUGCGAAAGCAUUAAUGCCCAAUUGAACACCCCCCGCUGAGCGGUACUUCAAGUUAUGAACUCCUCGCGGGCAAGCGAGCGCGCUGAGACGCUUGGUGCGUUUUGAUUUGGCCUCAAGGAACCCGCUGCUAACAGAAGCUUCCGAGAGCGAGAGUGAGAGUGACGUACCAUU